CAGGUCCUUGUCUUAUAAAUGUGGCAGUUUGUCCAGCGUCUCACUGGAGAAUGGUAGAGGCACUAGUGAGACAUCACAACACAAGACAUUGGACCGGACAGUCCUCUAGUUUUUAUUUCCAUUUUCUCGUCCAUCCAGGUGUGUUAUAGUAGCGGUGAAGAUGGCCACGUCCUCCAGUUCCCAUUUGAGCAAAGCUGUGAAGGCGCAGUACAUGGAGCUGCCACAGGGAGACAAGGUGCAGGCGAUGUACAUCUGGAUAGACGGCACAGGAGAGGGGCUGCGCUGCAAGACCAGGACACUAGACUCUGAGCCCAAAAGCAUUGAAGAUCUGCCUGAGUGGAACUUUGAUGGCUCCAGCACGUAUCAAGCAGAAGGCUCCAACAGCGACAUGUAUCUGAUCCCCGCCGCCAUGUUCCGUGACCCUUUCCGCAAAGACCCCAACAAACUGGUCCUGUGUGAAGUGCUCAAGUACAACCGUAAACCCGCAGAAACCAACCUGAGGAUUACGUGUAAAAAGAUCAUGGAUAUGGUGUCUGACCAGCACCCUUGGUUUGGCAUGGAGCAGGAGUACACCAUUUUGGGGACUGACGGACACCCGUUUGGAUGGCCAUCUAAUGGAUUUCCCGGACCACAAGGCCCAUACUACUGUGGUGUGGGCGCAGACAAGGCUUAUGGGCGUGACAUUGUGGAAGCUCACUACAAGGCAUGCCUCUACGCAGGAGUGCAGAUCUGUGGCACUAACGCAGAAGUGAUGCCUGCUCAGUGGGAGUUCCAGGUGGGGCCUUGUGAGGGUAUUAACAUGGGCGAUCAUCUCUGGGCCGCCCGAUUCAUUCUGCACCGCGUAUGUGAGGACUUUGGGGUCAUCGCCUCAUUUGACCCCAAACCCAUCCCUGGAAACUGGAACGGUGCUGGCUGCCAUACCAACUUCAGCACAAAGGAGAUGAGGGACGAAGGUGGACUCAAAGCCAUCGAGGAGUCUAUCGAGCGACUGGGCAAGCGGCACAGCUACCACAUCCGUGCCUACGACCCUAAAGGCGGGCUCGACAACGCUCGCCGUCUCACGGGCCACCACGAAACCUCCAACAUCCACGAAUUCUCCGCCGGGGUCGCCAACCGUGGUGCUAGCAUCCGCAUCCCCCGCAGCGUAGGUCAGGAGAAGAAGGGCUACUUCGAAGACCGCCGUCCCUCCGCCAACUGCGACCCGUACGGAGUGACGGAGGCCCUGAUCCGCACGUGUUUGCUGGCCGAGGAGGGGGACGAGCCGACGGAUUACUAAACUAAAAGACUGACCCGUACUGCCCUCUAAAAAAAAAAUAGUACUGUAUGUCUCCCACUGAGAUUCUCUUAACCUGCAUUUUAAUGGCUAAAGUUGGCUGGUCAACUUGAAACGUGUCAAGGUAUCCGCAUCCUUGUUAGCUGUGAGCUGGUAAUAGCAGGGUAUGUCUUUCCCUUCAUCUUUUGAUGGGAUGGACCUUUGUAACAGUUUUUAGCCUGUGUUCUUUUCCUUUUGACUAAAAUGAACUAAAAAAAAGCACAUGGACACUGAAGUAGAGCUGCUAUGGCCGGACAGCAUGUGUAACACAAUAAAUGAUUCUAUUUCAUGUACUGUUUAACUGUAUGUUGACCUGCCUUUUGGAAUGAUCCAGUCUUCAAUGUUACUAAUUGAUUUUUAUGAAGUGUCUAUUUUUAAAUGGUGUUUGUCUUCAGAUUUUGGCACUGGGUCAAACUGUAUGGUAGAUGUCCGUACCCGAUGUCGUUCCAAAUGUGUUAAAUCUGUCCAUAAUGCCAUUUGUAGAGUUCCUCAAGGAGUUUUAUCCUUUUGUUAACUGAUAUUGUAAUGCACCCAGUUUGGUAAAAGACUUAAUUUUACUGAAUGGUGUUUUCUAUGACAUUUAAAACUUUUAUUUUAUCACAAA